ACACAGAGGAAUCAUAAAUAGACUGCUGUGGAUUGGAGGACUCUGGACACCAUGUUAAGGAGGAGGACACCAUAAGCCCUGUCAUCCUGUCCUCUCUUACCACACCAUGUGGAAGAACAGACAGGCUCAGCUGUGCCUUUUUUCAGUUCUUUUUGCCUUCCUGCCUUCUUCUUCCUUGCGCAAUGGAGACCCGAAGUAUAUGGUGCUGGCCCCUUCCCAGCUCUACACUGAGACCACUGAGAAAAUCUGCCUCCAUCUCUACCAUCUGAAUGAGACAGUGACUGUCACAGCUUCCUUGAUAACUCACUCUGAAAGGAAACGCCUGCUCAAUGAGCUUGUGGUUGACAAGGACUUGUUCCACUGUGUUUCCUUCAUUAUUCCUAGAUUGUCCUCUUCUGAAGAGAAGGAGUCUCUUGAUAUUGACAUCAAAGGGUCAACACAUAAAUUCAGCAAGAAGAAUACUGUGCUUGUGAAGAACAAAGAAAGUGUUGUCUUCAUCCAGACAGAUAAGCCAGUGUACAAACCAGGACAGUCAGUUAAAUUUCGGGUUGUCUCUAUGGAUAAAAAUCUACACCCCCUGAAUGAGUUGUUUCCUCUGGCUUACAUUGAGGAUCCGAAAAUGAACCGAAUUAUGCAGUGGCAAGAUAUUAAGACAGAGAACGGGUUUAAGCAAAUGUCCUUCAGCCUGGCAUCAGAGCCCAUUCAGGGCUCCUACAAGAUAGUGAUGCACAAACAGUCAGGAGUGAAGGAAAAGCACUCCUUCACUGUGAUGGAAUAUGUGCUUCCCAGAUUUGAUGUCGAUGUGACAGUCCCAAAUGCCAUCUCUGUGCAUGAUGAAAUACUCAGAGUGACUGCAUGUGCAAAAUAUACCUAUGGGAAGCCUGUCCCUGGAGAUGUAAAGAUAACCAUAUGCCAUGAAUAUCAGUACUUGGGCUCUAAGACUGAGUCUGAAUGCAAAGAAGUCAACUCCCAGAAGCUAGACAGCAAUGGGUGCAGGACAGAGGAAGCAAACAUCAGGACUCUCCAAUCAAACAUAACAAACACAAGAUAUUGUAGAAUCCAGCUCUUCCAUGUGAAUGCAACUGUUACAGAAGAAGGGACAGGAUUCAAGUAUAGUGGAUCCAGAAAAACUGAAAUUAAAAGAACCACAAGCAAGCUCAUAUUUCUGAAAGCAGAUUCACACUUCAGACAUGGAAUUCCAUUCUUUGUGAAAGUCCGCCUAGUGGAUAUCAAAGGAGCUCCUAUCCCAAAUGAGCAAGUCUUCAUCAAAGCACAAGAAAUUAGGUAUACCAAUGCUACUACCACUGAUAAGAAUGGCCUGGCAAAGUUCUCCAUAGACACCAGUGGCAUCUCAGACUAUUCACUCCAUAUCAAAGUCUACCACAAGGGGGAAAAUUCAGGUCCCUAUUCAUUUUGCAUGGAAGAAAGACCUGCAGAGGCAAACCAUGUGGCCUAUGCUGUUUACUCCCCCAGCAAGAGCUACAUCUACCUUGAGACAGAGACCAGCAGCAUCUUGCCCUGCAACCAUAUUCACACAGUUCAGGCACAUUUUAUUCUGAAGGGGAAGAACUUGGGAGUGCUGAGAGAGCUCCUUUUCCACUACCUGGUCAUGGCCCAGGGCAGCAUCAUCCAGACUGGAAACCACACUCAUCACAUGGAGCCAAGAGAAUCCAUCAAGUGUCAAAGCGCCUCAGCUAAGAGUGGGUCUUCACAAAUCCCUCCUCUUCUAUGCUGGGAUAUUGGCUGGCUUGCUGCUGCUCCAGUAAAAGGAAACUUUGCCUUGGAGAUCCCUGUGGAGUUCAGCAUGGUCCCCAUGGCUAAAAUGCUCAUCUACACCAUCCUGCCUGAUGGAGAAGUGAUUGCAGAUUCUGCAACCUUUAAAGUUGAAAAGUGUCUUCGCAACAAAGUGGACCUGAGCUUCAGCUCAUCUCAAAGUCUUCCUGGCUCACAAACCCAUCUGAGGGUCACAGCUUCUCCUCAGUCCCUCUGUGGCCUGAGAGCUGUGGACCAAAGUGUGCUGCUCCUGAAACCCGAGGCUGAGCUCUCCACUUCCUGGAUAUACAAUCUGCCAGGUAUGCAGCACAACAAAUUCAACUCACGUUCCCGCUUGUCUGAAGAAGAUUGUGUGUGGUACAGUGCCUGGGAAACUAAUAAGCGCCCAGACUCAGUACGACACAGAGAACAGAUGGAUGUCUACAGAUAUGUGGAGGACAUGGGUUUAACAGCAUUCACCAAUUUGAAGAUUAAAUAUCCUAUAUUUUGUUUGCACUAUGACAUGCUUCCAAUGGCAGGUCCUGUUUCAGGAUCUGAUAAUAAACUUUCCUCUGAACGUUCUGGACAUUUACGCUUGGUAGAUAAUAAAGAUCCACCACCUAAAGAUCCACCACCUAAAGAUCCACUUAUUGAGACUAUUCGAACAUAUUUUCCUGAAACCUGGGUCUGGGAUAUAGUCACAGUAAACUCCUCAGGAGUGGCUGAAGUGGAAAUGACUGUCCCUGACACCAUCACUGAAUGGAAGGCUGGAGCCCUCUGCCUGUCCAAUGAUACUGGCCUUGGUCUUUCCUCUGUGGCACCUCUCCAAGCCUUCCAGCCCUUCUUUGUGGAGCUCACAAUGCCCUACUCUGUGAUUCGUGGAGAAGCCUUCAUGCUCAAAGCCACUGUGAUGAACUACCUCCCUACAAGCAUGCGGAUGGGUGUGCAGCUGGAAGCCUCUCCUGAUUUCACAGCCGUCCCAGUACAAAAAGAUCAAGAUUCUUACUGUCUUGGUGCCAAUGGGAGGCACACCUCAUCCUGGUUUGUAACUCCCAAAACUUUAGGGAAUGUGAAUUUCUCAGUGUCUGCAGAAGCACAACAGUCCCCAGAACCCUGUGGUUCUGAGGCGGCCACAGUUCCUGAAACUGGGAGAAAGGACACAGUAGUCAAAGUCCUGAUAGUUGAGCCUGAAGGAAUCAAGAAAGAGCAUACCUUCAGCUCACUGCUCUGCCCAUCAGAUGCAGAGGUAUCAGAAAAAUUGUCCCUGGUGCUCCCACCAACGGUAGUGAAAGAUUCAGCCAGAGCCCACUUCUCUGUGAUGGGUGAUAUCUUGAGUUCAGCCAUAAAAAACACACAAAAUCUUCUCCAGAUGCCCUAUGGCUGUGGGGAGCAGAACAUGGUCCUUUUUGCUCCCAACAUCUACAUACUGAAAUAUCUGAAUGAAACCCAACAGCUGACUCAGAAGAUCAAGUCCAAGGCCCUUGACUUCCUCAGAGCUGGUUAUCAGAGGGAACUGAACUACAAACACAAGGAUGGCUCCUACAGCGCCUUUGGGGAUCAAUCUGGCCAGAGUCAAGGAAACACUUGGCUCACAGCCUUUGUGCUCAAGUCUUUUGCCCAAGCUCGAGCCUUCAUUUUCAUUGAUGAGUCACACAUCACCCAAGCCUUCACCUGGCUCUCCCAGCAGCAGAAGGACAAUGGCUGCUUCCGGAACUCUGGGUCACUCUUCCACAAGGAGUUGAAGGGGGGAGUAGAUGAUGAAAUGACCCUCUCUGCCUACAUAACCAUAGCCCUUCUGGAAAGUUCACUUCCAGCCACGCAUCCCAUCGUCUCCAAAGCCCUGAACUGCCUGGAAUCAUCCUGGAAGACCAUAGAGCAAGGAGGAAAUGGCAGCUUUGUGUACACCAAGGCGUUGAUGGCCUAUGCUUUCGCUCUGGCGGGGAACCAGGAUAAGAGAAAUGAAAUCCUGAAGUCACUUGAUAAGGAAGCUAUAAAAGAAGACAACUCCAUCCAUUGGGAAAGACCCGAAAAACCCAGGAAAUCUGAGGACACUUUAUACAAACCCCAGGCUGCCUCUGCUGAGGUAGAGAUGAGUUCCUAUGUUGUUCUGGCUCGACUCACUGCCCAGCCAGCCCCAGCCCCUGAGGACCUGACUUUGUCAAUGAGCACCAUCAAGUGGCUCACAAAGCAGCAGAAUUCCCGUGGUGGCUUCUCCUCCACACAGGACACUGUGGUGGCCCUCGAUGCUCUGUCCAAAUAUGGAGCAGCUACUUUUUCCAGAAGCCAGAAAUCUUCUUUGGUGACCAUCCAGCCUUCAGGGUCAUUUUCCCAAAUGUUCGAAGUAGAGAACAGUAAUCGCCUGUUACUGCAGCAGGUCCCAUUACCAGACAUUCCUGGGGACUAUACCAUAAGUGUGUUGGGUAAAGGAUGUGUGUAUGCUCAGACUACGCUGAGAUACAACAUGCAAUUGAAGAAGCAGGAGGCUCCAUUUGCUUUACGGGUACAGACAACACCUCUAACCUGUAACAAUCCCAAAGGCCACAACAGCUUCCAGAUCUCACUAGAAAUCAGUUACACGGGGAGCCGUCCAGCCUCCAACAUGGUGAUUGCUGAUGUGAAGAUGGUAUCUGGUUUCAUCCCAUUGAAACCAACAGUGAAAAAGCUUGAGAAAUUAGAGCACUUGAGCAGAACAGAAGUGAGCAACAACAACGUCUUAUUAUAUCUGGAUCAGGUGACCAAUCAGACGCUGGCCUUCUCCUUCAUCAUUCAACAAGACAUCCCAGUAAGGAACCUGCAGCCUGCCAUUGUGAAAGUCUAUGACUACUAUGAGACAGAUGAAGUGGCUUUUGCUGAAUACAGCAGCCCCUGCAGCUCAGGUAAGCACCUAGCUUUCCUACCACGAGCCAUCCUCUGACCUCCUUCUCCUCAAAACUACCCUGAAUGUGGGGCAGUGAGCCAUGAGAGACAGCUGGGCUCCUGGCUGAAUGAGCUUUGAACCACGGAGAACCUCCUGGGAUGGAAGGUGUUCUGCUUUAUUCCUGUGAGCCUGGCUUUCUCAGCUUCAGCCCUCCACAGCUCCUCCCACAGAGAGGUCUAUGGCCAUCAGUCAUGUAGGAGUAGUGCCCCAGGCUCUGCCACAUGUAGAUGAGGAUUCCCAAGGUCUCAGACCAAGCCAAUAGGGGUUACCUGCUGCCAGACCUUAACCCACCCCAAACUGUAUAUAUUUAGCCUAACUCAGAAGUAAAGUGUGUGCAAGAGUCAUCCCUUUGUCCAAGAGCUUCUGUUGUGGCCCUCCCCUCUUUGCCAGCUAACCAGUGCCUCACAAGGGCACCUCACCAGCUCAGCAAAAGCUGUAACACUGGGAAAGAGAUCUGCUCUUUUCCCAGCGAGCUAGUCGGAACCUCCAAGCUCAGCAAAGAGCUGUAACAUUUCAGAAGAUGCAGGCUCUCCCGAAAAGCCUUCAGAAUUCUCCCCUCUGCAGUUGAAGGCAGUGGGAGAGGCAGCAGCGGACUCUCCCUGCUGGCACUCCAUCCCGGACUGCCCUUGGGCAGAGGCAGCUGCUAUUCCCACUCUGUCCUCAGCCAAGCCAGAGAUUCUCAUCGGACCCCUUCCUGAGCUGGUUCCAGCACCUGAACUUUCGUUAGAUGAACUCAGACAACUAUCACUGAGUGAAAAUGCAGAAAUGUGCACCUUUGGAUUGGUGUACUAACCCUGGAAGACUCCUCUAACUCUCUUAUCAAAGUGUAUGGUAGCUCAUGGUAAAAUCUGAAGGAUACAGUUCUCCACCAAGGCCAGUUUACUUUCCUGCAGAGAACCCUGC